GAAAUUUGUAAUAUCUCAUUAAAAAGUAUUUUGAAAAAACUACGAAUAGGUAAUAAUAAAAAAAUUAGAAUACUCUGAAAGUGAGGGAAACUCUGGACAUGCACAUUUAGAAAAGCAGCGAUAUAGAACAAAAAAAUAACAAAAAUGAUAAGUACAUAUCAGCAUUUUUUUAAUUUUGUAAUUAUUGGAUAUAUUCUUCCCAUUAACAGAAGAUAAAAAGUACAGUAACGUAUUGUUUACGUGAAAUUUAGAAAUAGUAAGUUCAACAUGCAUGUUUUGAUUUCAUUUUAAAAUAAUUCACUUACAAUUUUAUGUUAUACAAAGUGUCAAACGAUAACACAAGCUGCAUUAUCACGUCAAAACAAACCAACAAUUAUUAAGAAGUUGGGGCCAUAGUUUGCUCCAAUCCGAAUUAAAAUACGCUUUUGAGGAUCUAUUAACGCAGGGUCAGAAAGAGUACUAACGGCAAAAUUGGCAAGGUCGAUAACAGCACAUUUGCGACCCCAACUUCUUAAGGAUGAUUUCUUGCUUGAUUUGAAGUGAUACAGCUUGCGUUAACGUUUGGCAAUUCAAACCUGCCAUCCUGUAUAAAAGUAAAAAAUACGCAACUCCUAAAAAAACGGUGUAUAUUCAAAUUGUUCCCUGAAAACAGUUUUUAAUUAAUCUCUUUGAAGUCACAAUUUUUCAACACUAGAUUAUAUUUUGAUUAAAGUGCAACACUUCAAGUCAAAGUUUCAGUAUUUAUUUUUGUCGUAGUUAUUGUACGAAAUUCUCGAAGGGGGAAUGUAAAGAUCCGAUGUGCAAUUUAAAGCAUCCCUAUAAGUUCUGUCGGGACUUUCAAAUGGAGAGAUGUCAUAGAGAGUACUGUCGAUACCUUCAUGUGUCCUCAAAAGAUGAAAUCCAGUACAGAGAAACGCUAUAUCAAAGCGACACCAUGAGGUACGAGACGUUGAGAACAUUACAAAUUUCGGGCAUUUGUCAAGAAUUUAAACAAUUCGGCAACUGUAAAUACGGAAGCAAAUGCAAAUUUACUCAUAGGACAAUAGAGGAACAAGAAAAUGAUAAGUUUAUUUGUCCAGUCUGUUUCUCCGAAAUAAGCAUGACCUCUUGGUGCAUUUUGAACCCUUGUAUGCAUAGUACUUGCGAAGGUUGUUUAAGAGAAUUGAUUGCACGUGAUAUGCCUCAAUGCCCUGUAUGCAGAGGCCAAAUAGAGGAGGGAAGUUGUCCACUUUCUUUUAUUGAAUUUUAACACCCACUCCCUGCAGAGAGUUCUUAAUGAAGAGAUGUAGAAGGGUUCAGUGCAAAUACCGCCAUGAAUUUAUUAUAUGUAACAAGAUCCAAUGUUUGGGCAGUUUAAAGUGCAUCAUGGUACAUAAUUUAACUCCGCAGGAAAUAGAGCAGGUUGAAAGUGAGGAGAUGCCUUUUUCACAAAAUAUUAAUAUCGAACUGCGUCGGCUAGCCUAUGUUAUAACAAAUAGUUAUAAAGCAGAUAUCCAGAAUCAUAUGUGUACAAGGGAGCUCACAAGAACAGAAACUUGUAUAAGAAAAACAUGUGUAGUCUGUAAGCCUCAAGAAAACUAUCCGUUGCCCCUCAUGAGAAAAAUUGUAUGCCACUCCUGUAGAUUGCCAUUGUUGCCCAGUAAGUCUUUCUACUUAGUCACAUGCGGGCAUGUUAUUUGUGAACAAUGCUUAUCUCAUGCCAGAGUGGUGGUCUUAGAAGAGGACGACACAGUUUUAUAUUUCUGCCCUGAUCCCUUGUGCGCUUCAAUGACUGAAGUCAAAAGAUUGCAUUGAAAAAAAAAACGUCUUACCCAUCACCUGACAUAUUCAGAGGGAACUCCUAAAAUCUUUCAAAUAUGGCAUAAAACACUCAAAAAAAGGAUGCUGGACAAUGUUAUAAUGAGUAGUUCAGAUCUGAAUGUUUUGAAAUUGGCAAAACAACAUUUAGAGGACACAGAAUGUUGGCAAGUUGAUUUGGUGCGACCAAUAGAAGAGAUCGUUUUUGAAUACGUACCCUGCAGCCGAUACGAGAUAAGUGACAGCGACGAAGAACCUUUCCAAAGUAAUGCUACCGACGAAGAAUAUGAGCCAACUUCUGAAGUGUCAGAAGAAAGCGAUGAAAAUGGCGAAACAUCUGAGCACACGAAGUCUCAGUUACAGACUUGCAAGAAAAGAUUGUUUGAAGGAGAAGGACAAAGUUCAAGUAGUUCUUCAAUGCCCACUACCUCGAACCGCAAUGAAGACUUUGACUUGAUGUUUACGCCAUUGGUUUCGCCUGUUGAAGAAUCAAACUGCAGGAUUUCCGCUCAUUUGACCAUUUAUAUAAAGAAAUGUUUCGUUUCAGUGAAGAUACACACCGUUUUACAUGAAGGGCAUUACGUUUGUGAUGCUUGCAGUGGAGAUGACAAUACCAUCAGCGGAUUUUUGUAUUCUGGUUUGCCCGCGACAGACCAUAAAUGUAAUAAACUUUCCGACAAAAACAGAACACUUGUGCUGCUGUCUAGAAAUUUUGGCGAACGUGAAAUCCAAGUGAAAGUUCGUUACUGUCUCCCCGUCGGAAAAUUAAUAGGGGAGGAACUGCCGAUUGAAGAGGAACGUAAGUUCAUAACACCGUUAAUUAUGGAUUGUGGUUCUUCUGCCCUAGUAAACCCAUUAACGUCAAAAACCAAAGGAAAACGCCAUUGUUGUUAUUUCUGUGAACAGUUUUUUGUUGAAAUGUCUUCACAUAUUCUUCGAAAACACAAAGAUCAGGAAGAAGUGAAAAAUAUUAUGACUAUGAAAGCUAAUAGUGUGGAACGGAAUGCUGCGUUACGAGAGAUCAGGCGAAAGGGUGAUUAUAAUUUUAACAAAAAUGCCACCUGUGAGGAAAAAAUUGCUAUAAGGAGAGUAGUGACAGGACAAGCCUCCAAUUUAAUUACUUGCCCAAAUUGUUUUGGUGAAAUAAUGACCAGAAACUUUGCUCGACAUGAACGCAAAUGUACUGGACGGCCACCAAAUAGAAGAAAUGUGCUUAAAGAAGCUCGCUUUAAGAUUAUCCAGAAGGAAUUUACAGCGAAUUCUUUCAGUCAGAAACUUUUUCUCGCUUUCUUAGAGCCUGUUCAAGUUGGGCUAAUUCUACACGAGAUAUUAGAAGAUAAAUGUUUGAAACUUGUUGCUGAAAGAUAUUCCUUAAUGCAUCGUGGUUCAUACAGCGCAUUAAAGAACGAUCGCCAACAUUUGCGUAGAAUGGCACGAUUGAUUUUAGAUGUUAAAGACAUAAACCCCUCCAUUCUGGAUUUUGAAGAUCUGAUACUCUAUGGAGGUUAUGAUGCCUUACUAGAGGGAGUUUUCAAUUUGUGUUCACUUGACAAGGAAACAGGCGAGUUUGGAAAGCCAAGUCUGGCAAAAGCUUUACGAUCGAGUAUUACAUUUCUUUUAGACGCACUUAACGUUGAUUAUUUAACUCAUAAUCUUCCCACACAAUGUGAAGAGCGUGGCCGUUUCGACAAUUUCAAAACUCUCCAUGAUAAAAACUAUGGAAUCUAUGUUGGCAGGUCAGCUGGUCGAACCAGCUUGCAAAGAAAAGCAGCCAAAUUACAUAAUUUACCAAAGGCAAAGGACGUUAAAUUAUUUUCCACAUUGAUAGUUUCUGAAGCGGAGCAGGCGUAUCAACGGUUACAGGACGGUUUCGAUUUCGACACAUGGCUAAAAUUAGGAAAGGCUGCGUUGGCAAGAGUUAUUGUGUACAAUAGACGUAGAGUCAGUGAAGUUGCAAGUAUGUCGUUGGAAUUGUAUAACAAAAAAAUCGAACUUGAUGAUGAAAUACUUCAAUCCCUUCCAAUGUAUCAACGGGAGUUAGCGAAUAAAUACAAAGUUAUGACUUUGAUUGGAAAGCGUCUACAUAUAUUACAUGUGCUGUUGGACGAAAAUCAAUGCAGGUAUCUAGAUAUGUUUCUCCAAUAUCGAAAAGAAGCUGGUGUUCCCUAUUCAAACAAUUACCUUUUUGGUAUACCUACGAGAGCGAUGUUUAUCGAUGCUUCAGUUGUUUUAAGAGAUUACUCAGAGAAAUGUGGUGCUGAAGAACCGCAUCUUUUACGUUCCGCUUAUUUAAGAAAACAAGUCGCAACCCUUUCCCAAUUGUUAACAAUGAAUGACAAUGAAAUCGGUCAGAUUGCAAAAUUGAUGGGUCAUAGUCAGAAAGUCCAUGAACAAGUAUAUCGACAAGACGAACUUUUAUUUCAACUAACAGGGUGGGCAAAAUUUUUGACUAUCGUAGAUGGAGAAGAACUCUUUUCAUACAGAGGUAAAAGUCUCGACGAAAUACUCACUAUUGCACAAGAUUUACCAGUACCUGAAGAGGAUCCGGCGUUAGACGAUCAUAUUACCUCUGAAGAAUUAUUAGGAGACAAUCUCAGUUUGGAUUCGUUUGAAACUACCUGUUCAACAGAAAGUACAAUCAACAGAAUGGAAACGAACCUCAUGCAGGAGGUAUCAACAGACACUCAAGUCUCACAAUCAGGUGUGAUAGAAUGUUAUACUACAGACAAUAUUACUGAAGUGCCUUCGGAUCGUCGAAAGUGUGACAAAGUUACACAUACUACACAAGAAGCGCUUUCUGAAAAAGUAGGGGCGAGAGCCAGUACUGAAGACCGGAGGAUUGAAACACCAAAGAAAAAAAUAUCGAGUCACAGGGGAACUUUGAACACGAAGUCACCAAAAUCGCAGAAAUCACCAAGAAAAACGACAAUCGCGGAGAUAAAGCAGAAAUUGCAAAUAACUCCUGUAAAGAGAAGAGGAAAGAAACCAUUCACCUCAGAGCAAAUGUCUUUAAUGCAGAGACAUUUUUCGCAAUACAUAUCCAGGGGUCAUUUGGCACCACCGAAGCUGUGUGCAGAAUUUGUUGAAACGAACCAGCUCUUCUCUGAUCGCAGUGGUCGAGACGUGUACAACUGGAUCCAGUAUCAGAGAACUAAGCGAAGAUGAAACUAGUGGAUCAGCUGUCUCUUUUGUUUUUUUUUUUGUUUUGUUUACAAGUUGUGAUAAUUUUUGAUAUUUUUGUAAUUUUAAACACUGACUUUACAUGUUAAUAUUGUAUUAAAUUUUAUAAUAUAAUAAAAAAUGUCUUAAAUUCA